AUGUUCACCUACUACUGGGUCAUUUUCUUCCUGAACAUUCUCAAUUUCCUAUCCAGUUUUCUGCUCCUUCGCAAAAAUUCGCAGUUGAAGCGUUUCACGUUGACAUUGACUUCCAAGUACCAACUGGAAGAGGUGUAUUUGUCCACUAAAUUCGCAGUUUCCGUAGUUUCUGUCCACGUUUUCCUAUUCGGAGCCUAUGUGGCCGUGAUAAUGCUCGCCAGAAGCUUCGGAGACCUCGUUAUCGUCGAUGUCAUACUUCUGAAAGCAGUAAGAGGUGCUAUAACGACGGUGAGUUCCAGUUCUCCUUGGAAAACAUGAAAACAGUUUGUAGAUGAUCGGCACGUACAAUUUCGCGAUAGGAAUCGCUGCCGUGUACCUGUACAAGAGGACAAAGUCAAGAACGUCUGAAAGCGUCAAUGGGGCAAUUGAGAUGAAAGCGACGGGAAAUGCGGGAGCGAAAAACUAUGACGACGCCAUAUUCAGCAUCUGGAACUCGACCGGCGUCGCGGAUGGAAGGAGAAUAACCCAAAGCUCUGUUAAUUUCAUGUAA